AUGGGUGACCACACCGAGACGACGCUUCCUGGAGACGACGUUUCCAUGGAUACCUCCGUGGACAAGGGCAAGGGCAAGGCCGUCGAGCGCGUCCCCGACGACGUUGAGAUGGAGGGAGAGGACAGCUCAGAAGAUGAAGAUGACCUUGAGGACGCUGUCGACGAGGACGAAGAAGGCGGAAAUGAUAACCUCGAGCCCAUCUCCACAGACAACAUCCUACCUAGCGGCAGACGCACGCGCGGCAAGGAGGUCAACUACGCCGAACUCGCGGCCAAGGAGAAGGAGGCCGGUGAUGCUGCCAUGGACGACGACGACGACGAGGAUUUCAAGGCUCCCAUCGAUGAUGAGAUGGAACAUUGA